ACCAUCACCCAGGAAUAAGAAGAAGUACUGUAGAUACACAAUAAGGAGCUGAGUGAGGAGAGGACAUUUCCUCUAAGACAGGCCAAGAUGAGGAGCUGGUGGCUGUCUCUGCUGCUCGUCUCUGCUGUCACAUUACACGGCUGUCUCUCUGACACUACAGAGCCUAAGGUCCAAGAUGGAAGAUCUAUAGGAGACGUCAUUGACCUCUACAACCAGAUGGAGGGGGUCACAUACUUAUAUAAAUCCCUGGACCAGCUGCUCCCUGUCCCACUGGAGGAAGAUGAAAAUCUGAACAGAAGACGCUUUAUCAUUAAAGAGACAGUGUGCCUCAAAUCCGAGAAUCCUAAUUUAUCGCAGUGCGAUUUCAAGCACGACGGAGAUGUGAAGAUCUGUUCUCUGGAUCUGGUUGAGGAGGAUCCUGAGGAUAUAAUGUGCACCAGUCUGAACAAGAAUGUCCGUAUCAAAAGGAAUGGGAAAAGGAAAUGUAAGUCUGGAAAGUUGUGUUCAAAACCAGGAGGAAAUAGUGGCAUAUUUGGCGUAUCCAUCAAAUGAGUGAAACCAUCUGUCCUGUUUGUAGCAAAGUCAGAGACGUAGCAGAGCUAGAGACGUAGAGCGACAACAUCAUGUAAAUUCUGUUUAAGUAAUGAUUCGGCCUGAUAUCCAUAAAUAAAAUGCUCAUAUCAAA